AACCUCAGUUGUUCACGAACGUCUUGCUGGUGUGCACCGUCCUUUUGCGGUCCGUGUGCCCUGUUUGUGACCACUGCCCCGCUUGCCUCCGUCCUUUGCGUGUCGGUGAGCCCCAACGGCACCAACUGACCGCGACUGGUUGGCUGCUCGAAAAGUGCCCUCUGUUACAUAACACGAUCGCGCAGAUACAUUUGAACUGCCGGUAACACAAAAUAAUCACCCACCAUGGAGGACGGCCAUAGCAAGACCGUCGAUGAAGUCCUUAGCCACUUCCGCGUCGAUCCGGAGAGGGGUCUCUCGCUCGACCAGGUGAAGGAAUACCAGAAGAAGUAUGGACCCAAUGAACUACCCGCUGAAGAAGGAAAGACACUCUGGCAAUUAGUGCUUGAACAGUUCGAUGAUCUUCUCGUUAAGAUUCUGCUGUUGGCCGCUAUCAUUUCUUUUGUACUAGCUCUGUUUGAGGAACAUGAAGGUGUUGAAGCUUUCGUUGAACCGUUCGUCAUUCUGCUGAUCCUGAUCGCCAACGCCGUUGUCGGUGUGUGGCAGGAGCGCAAUGCCGAGUCCGCCAUCGAAGCGCUGAAGGAGUACGAGCCGGAGAUGGGCAAGGUCAUCCGCGGCGACAAGUCCGGUGUGCAGAAGAUCCGCGCCAAGGAGAUCGUCCCUGGUGAUGUGGUCGAGGUGUCGGUCGGCGACAAGAUCCCGGCCGAUAUCCGCCUGAUCAAGAUCUACUCCACCACCAUCCGUAUCGAUCAGUCCAUCCUGACCGGUGAGUCCGUGUCCGUGAUCAAGCACACCGAUGCCGUCCCGGACCCGCGCGCCGUCAACCAGGACAAGAAGAACAUUCUGUUCUCUGGCACGAACGUCGCCGCCGGUAAGGCGCGCGGUGUCGUCAUCGGCACCGGUCUGAACACUGCCAUCGGUAAGAUCCGUACCGAGAUGUCGGAGACGGAGGAAAUCAAGACGCCGCUGCAGCAGAAGCUGGACGAGUUCGGCGAGCAGCUGUCGAAGGUCAUCUCGCUGAUCUGCGUUGCCGUCUGGGCCAUCAACAUCGGACACUUCAACGACCCUGCCCACGGUGGCUCCUGGAUCAAGGGUGCCGUGUACUACUUCAAGAUCGCCGUCGCCCUGGCCGUCGCCGCCAUCCCGGAGGGUCUGCCCGCUGUCAUCACCACCUGUCUGGCGCUGGGUACGCGCCGCAUGGCCAAGAAGAACGCUAUCGUCCGCUCGCUGCCGUCCGUGGAGACGCUGGGCUGCACCUCGGUCAUCUGCUCGGAUAAGACCGGUACGCUGACCACCAACCAGAUGUCCGUGUCGCGCAUGUUCAUCUUCGAGAAGAUCGAGGGCAACGACAGCAGCUUCACCGAGUUCGAAAUCUCCGGCUCCACCUACGAGCCGAUCGGUGAGGUGACGCUGAACGGACAGCGCAUCAAGGCCGCCGACUACGAGACGCUGCACGAGCUCGGCACGAUCUGCAUCAUGUGCAACGACUCCGCCAUUGAUUUCAACGAAACGAAGAAGGUGUUCGAGAAGGUCGGUGAGGCCACCGAAACCGCCCUGAUCGUGCUGGCUGAGAAGCUGAACCCGUUCAACGUUGCCAAGCAGGGACUGGACCGCCGCUCGUCGGCCAUCUGCGUCCGCCAGGAGAUCGAAACCAAGUGGAAGAAGGAGUUCACCCUGGAGUUCUCGCGCGAUCGUAAAUCCAUGUCCUCGUACUGCACCCCGCUGAAGGCUUCCAAGCUCGGCAACGGACCCAAGCUGUUCUGUAAGGGCGCUCCGGAAGGUGUGCUGGAGCGUUGCACGCACGCUCGCGUCGGCUCGACCAAGGUGCCGCUGACCCAGACGCUGAAGCAGCGGAUCCUGGACCUGACCCGCACGUACGGUACCGGCCGUGACACGCUCCGCUGCCUGGCCCUGGCCACCGCCGACAGCCCGAUGAAGCCGGACGACAUGGACCUGAACGAUUCGACCAAGUUCUACACGUAUGAGGUGAACCUGACCUUCGUCGGUGUCGUCGGUAUGCUGGACCCGCCGCGUAAGGAGGUGCAGGACUCGAUCGUUCGCUGCCGCGCCGCCGGUAUCCGCGUCAUUGUGAUCACCGGUGACAACAAGGCCACCGCCGAAGCCAUCUGCCGCCGUAUCGGUGUGUUCGGAGAGGAUGAGGACACCACCGGCAAGUCGUACUCGGGUCGCGAAUUCGACGAUCUGUCCGUGUCGGAGCAGCGUGAAGCUUGCUCCCGUGCCCGCCUGUUCUCGCGCGUCGAGCCGGCCCACAAGUCCAAGAUCGUGGAGUUCCUGCAGAGCAUGAACGAAAUCUCCGCCAUGACGGGUGACGGUGUCAACGACGCGCCCGCCCUGAAGAAGGCCGAAAUCGGUAUCGCCAUGGGUUCGGGUACCGCCGUCGCCAAGUCGGCCGCCGAGAUGGUGCUGGCUGACGAUAACUUCUCCUCCAUCGUUGCCGCUGUUGAGGAAGGUCGUGCCAUCUACAACAACAUGAAGCAGUUCAUCCGCUACCUGAUCUCGUCCAACAUUGGUGAGGUCGUGUCCAUCUUCCUGACGGCCGCCCUGGGUCUGCCGGAAGCGCUCAUCCCCGUCCAGCUGCUGUGGGUCAACCUGGUCACUGACGGUCUGCCAGCUACUGCCCUCGGCUUCAACCCACCGGAUCUGGACAUCAUGACCAAGCCGCCGCGCAAGGCUGAUGAAGGUUUGAUCUCUGGCUGGUUGUUCUUCCGUUACAUGGCCAUUGGUGGAUACGUCGGUUGCGCUACCGUUGGUGGUGCCGCCUGGUGGUUCAUGUUCUCCGAGACUGGCCCGCAGCUGUCCUACUGGCAGCUGACUCACCAUCUGUCCUGCCUGGGCGGUGGCGAGGAGUUCAAGGGUAUUGACUGCAAGAUCUUCAACGAUCCGCACCCAAUGACCAUGGCUCUGUCCGUGCUGGUCACCAUUGAGAUGUUGAACGCCAUGAACAGCUUGUCUGAGAACCAGUCCCUUGUCCAGAUGCCGCCAUGGUGCAACAUUUGGCUGAUUGCCUCCAUGUGUCUGUCGUUCGCUCUCCACUUCGUCAUCCUCUACGUUGACGUUCUUUCCACCGUUUUCCAAGUCACUCCACUGGACGGAAAUGAGUGGAUGACCGUCAUGAAGUUCUCGCUGCCGGUCGUGCUGCUGGAUGAGAUCCUGAAGUUCGUCGCCAGAAGGAUUUCGGACGGUGAGAGUUACAUAAAAAAUAUGCAUGGACUAGUGUUAGCGUGGGCCGUGUUCUUUGCUUACAUCAUAUGGGGUCCAUAAUGGCAGUGAGCGUGCGCGCGAAGAUAACAGAACAUCUGCGAAUGCUGCUGCUACCUACCACUACUACUACUACUAGUACUACCUUAUAACUUCUGCCACUGCUGCGUUGCCACCAGAGAGAAGGGGGCAACGACAACACGGGGGUGGGAAAGUCGGGAAGUAUAAAGGAUACGUUCACAACAUCAACCAUACACACGGAGGAGAUAGAGCAGGCAGAGUUAGAAGAAGGAAAGUGGACGCUCGGCAGUCGGCACGUCACAGAGAGUGUAGUAUACCACCACCACCACCACCACUAGCACCACGGUCACCCCGUCACAGCAUUCAUAUAGCACGCAUAAUAUAAAACAAUAGAUAUAUAUAUAUAGGCACACACACACCACCCAUUCAUACACUCUCUCUCUCUCUUAAUCGGCAUUAUGGAUCGGUUUUGUUGCUCAUCGUAGGGGAAAAAACCCUGUUGCACAGUAGUUGUUAUCAUGUACUCGUCCCCUCGACCCAAUCAUUUGCAAACGCGUUCGAGCAACGCGGGGAAGAGUGUGUAUUAAAUAAUGCAAAUACACAGCCGAAUCGAAAGCUCUCCUCCACGUUUCUACAGCACUGUUCUGAACGUGGAAGACAGUAUAAGCAACAUAUAGCAAAUAUGAGUAGGUAAAAACGGGGGAAAACACCGAAAAGAUGGUGUUUAAACAUAGAAAUACUAGAGAGAGAGAGAGAGAGACAAGACAAAAGCAUAGAAUCAUUUAAUCCCUAUUUGUGUGCCGGGUGUGUGUGUGGUGUGACGGGCGGGCUGUGGCACCCCCCUCCCUGCCCUCUGUGUCACGCCGUUUGUUUAUUGCGCCCGAGUAAGCGAGACAGUUUGCCUCCUUCUGUUUGUUUGUUUUUAGAUCGUUACUAUUAUAAUCCAUUACUUAGAGCAAAAGCUACCUUUCUAUCUCUUUGAUUGAUGCUUCGAUGCGCACCUUUUGCGUGCGCGGUGCACACCUCCCCGUAGCGUGCAUCCCGAUGCGUUUGAAAUGUUUAGCGAAUAUCGAUUUUGUAAAGUUUAGAUAACAAAACACGGCCGUCUUAUGUGUGUUGACCGGUGUAGAAUCGUUUGAGCUUCCUUCUGCGCACUGCGCUGAGGGUAGAGGAAAACGUUUAGCGGAAAGGGAUGGAGUAGUACAGGGCAGAGUUAGAACAGCCGUGGAGCGUGUGAUUACUUUUAGUGUGCGCUAUUUGGGGCAUGUCCUCGGCGCGCGGCAUCGAUUAACGGCAGUCAGUCAGUCACACACAACGAGUCAAUGCGUGUGUGUGUUUGUGUUUGUGAGCGGGUAAUGGUAAUGUGCAGCUCGGAUAUAUGCAGCAAGGCGUUUGCAUAUAUCUGUGUGAAGGAACACGAAUAUUCGAGAGGGGUUAGAUAAAAGGAUAGGGAAAGCUCAGAUGAAUAGUGUUGAAACUGUUGUUCAUAUUUGAUUCUUAGGUAGGUUCCUAUCUCUCUCUCUCACACACACACACAUCGUUAACGUGACAAUCCCGUUAUAUGUGGAUUUCGCACAUGCAUAUUUGCAUCCGUAUCCGGUUCCUCAAACAUUCAAAACAACAGCUCAGUUUGUCACCAACACACAGAGAGACAGACAGGCUUUAGGGAGCGAACGUUUAGCAGCAGCAGCAGCAGCAGGGAGAUGGGGAAAUAUUUUACCAACUUUACUGAAGAUUUAAAGUUGUAGCAAAUGUAGAGAGGCGCUUUAGCAGUUUGGUUUUUUUUUUUAAAUAAUCUCAGCAGUAUGAGCGUGUGGUACACGUGUGGACCCCAUAUGCAUAAAAAACUUGCGUACUAUUGUGUGUACUAAGGCUUCAGACUGGAUGAGCGACGAGCUCAACCACACCAUACAUCCAAUCUCUCAUCACAUGCGGCAAAAGGGCGUCCGAAUCGCUACCCCGUAUGUGCGUGCGUGCGUGCGUGUGUGCAUAAUAGCAGUAAUGAGGUGUGAGCAACAACUGUGUGAGCGCUGUUUACAAGAUACUUACUACUACUUUUAAUGCUAUCCCAAGAUGAUACCCACAACCAAACACCCCAAACUUCUACAAACUACACCCUCCCAAAACACUUUAUUUUUUCCACACAACACAAUGGCGGCUCUCUGCCUCGCUCUCUCUCUCCCGCUCUGACCGGGCUGUGAGCAUCGUCUGCGUGUUGUUGUGGUCAGCCAAAAGUAACCACACACAACACAACAAUCAUCGGUCAUCAGCGUAUCGUAUGAGGGAGAAGCGUUUAAUUUGUAAACCUAUUUUUAUAUGCCAAAACAUGUUUCUCACCAUACAACGAAGAAAAUAUGGUGGUGCCGCUUACUACAAAGGAGUGUGUUUGUGUGUGUGUUUUCUUUCCCCAUUUUGUUUUCCCUCGUGUGCAUUUCCUUUUCUAUUGCGUUUGUUUGUUUGAUUGGCUUACAUCUUGCAUCUUUGCAAAAGAAAUAAAAACAUUAUUAAAAGAGCUUUUCCAAUCUUAAAUAUAAGACACAAUGUAACAGCGGAAGAACAUUCACAACUAACCUCCUCCCCUGCUCUACUAUACGUCCACCAAAUCGAGCACACACCUACGCGAACAGUCAGUGUCCUCCAACCCCCGAAAAUGCAUCUAAGUUUAUAAGCCCCUCACAGCACACAUACAUACAAAAAAUACACACAUACACAGUUGAGAAUGAUAAUGCUGCUUCAGAGAUUUCCUACGAUCGCGAUAACACGCCUCUCUGUCUCUCUCUCCCUCGCUCACUUUCUUAUUUUCCAACCUUUUUUUCCACCCUCCAAGUUUGUUCUUUCGCUGAGCGUGAAUUACUUAACUUAUUUAAACAAAAAAACGGAACAAACGAAACAGCAAAACGUUUAACCCCGAGGGAAGAGGGCGUGUUUCUUAUUGUGUAUAAGAAGAAGAAGAAGGGUGUGGUGUUACACUUCCGGGGGGAAUUAGUAGGAAACGUACCAUGAAGUACAUGGUGUACGUAUGUGAACGUCUCAUACACAUAAGUCAUCCAAGAUAUGGAAUGAACGACGAAACAAACAAAAA